GAUUAGGUAUGCAACAAUUCUCAAAUUGUUUGAUUUUUGUAAUCUGAAAUUCUAGGAUUUUUGUCAAUUUUGGGGAUUUUAUCUCACAUGUGUUUAUUAAUGAUUUUGAAGGGUUUGUGUUCAAUCUUACUAUCUAUUUGUGUACCUCUAUAUAUAUGUAUCGGAAAAUAGGGUUUUUAGUUCGAUUCAAUUGAAUAAGCUUUUUAGGUAAAAGAUUAUUUGUGGUCAAUUGGGUUCAGGUGAUAUCUAAUAAGCUUUUUAGGUAAAAGACUAUUUGUGUUCAAUUGGGUUCAAUUGAAUUCAGGUGAUAUCUAUUUACGUACCUCAAAAUUUUGAGGUAAAAGAUUACUUGUGUUUAAUCAUACUGAAUUCAAUUGAAUAAGCUUUUUAGUUCCCUUUGGUUAUAGAGCUGGCAAUCCGAGCCAAAACCCGCGGGUUGGCCCAUCCCGUCCCGUGAAAACUCGUACCCGUCCCGGAUGGUAACUAAACAAGACGGGUGCGGGUUGUACAAUUAGUGGCUUGUGAAGAAACGGGUUAACCCGGCCCGUACCGUGAAACCCGCGGUCUGGCCCGUAACCCGUAGUUUUAUACCCCGCUGAAACUCAAACACGUAGCUUGUUACGUGUCAUCCAAAUCUCCAUCGUAUAAAAUGGGAAAACCCUAAGCUUUCCUAUCUUCGACUUCGGUUCUUCCUCUUUUUUUCUUCUUCCCUGACUCAGAGAGAGUCUCCUGAGUCUUGAGGCUGCAUCUCAUUCUCAUAUCUUUCCAUCGUCGACAAAUAUCUCAAAUCUCCUGACGCAGACGCACAGAACAACUGAACAACAAAUUGAGGAACUAUUAGAUCUAGAUCAAAGGCAGUUAAUUUGAUUUAAAGAUUCAAGGCUAGCAGGUAAUCAGAUUUUAAUUUUUGUUUUCUUCUUUAUUUUCUUCUUCUAGGAAUCUAGGGUUUUACAUAGGAAUCCCAACAAAUCUUUAAUAUUCUUAGUAUUGUUGUGUUGUGAACUUGUGAUUGUGAUUCUGUGAAGAUAGGUAAUCUUUAAUUUUCUUAAUUUCAUGAUGUUUCAGUUCUUACCAGUUACCACAAAAAAGGGUUUUUUCUUAAUCUUUAAUUUUUUAUUACUCAUUAGUUUUGCUUGGUUUAAAGGCUUUAGUUGAUUUGGUGAUUUGAUUUAUGUGAGCCAAUCAAUGGGUAUUCACAAUUUCGUCUAAUUUGUGGAUAGUUAAGUUUUUAGUUGAAAUCCUUAAGAAUAUUAACAAUUGGGAUCAAUUAGUUUUGGUUUAUUAUUCUCAAAUUUCGUCUAAUUUGUUUUGGGAACAAAUUGAAGUAGUCACAAAGUUUCUCAAGGUGUUUCAUGAACUCACAAAGGUUUUUUCUGGUAGUAAGUAUCCUACUUCCAAUCUGUAUUUUGAAAGAAUUUGUCAAGUUCAGGUGUUACUAAAGAAAGAGAGCAGAAGUAAUAUUGAAUUCAUUAGGAACAUGGUAAAAGAGAUGCAAGCAAAAUUUGAUAGUUACUGGAAGGAGUUGAGUCCUAUAUUGGCUAUGGCAGUUGUGUUAGAUCCUAUAUCGAAAAUGAAUUUUGUGAAAUUUACUUACUCCAAGUUGUAUCCUGAUGAGAGAGAAUUAGAAUGUCAAGUUAAUAAAGUGCAUAGUAAUAUAAAAGCACUUUUUAAUGAGUAUUACACCUUGUCAAGUUCAAGAGCUUCCAACAGUUGUGCAGCUCAGAAUUUGAGUGUUCAAAAUGGUGGGAAUUUUGCUGCCCAAGAAGGGAGUGAUUUUUUUCAGGAAUAUGUUGCAACACAGGAACGUGGUGGUAAUGUAUUAACUGACUUGUCAGAGUUAGAUGAAUAUCUUGGCGAGACGUACAGAGGUCGUCUAAAUUCACUAGACAUCCUAAACUAUUGGAAGAACCAUGAACAACAAUAUCCAGUACUUUCAAGAAUGGCAGGGGAUAUUUUGUCAAUUCCUAUUUCAACCGUCGCAUCGGAGUCUGCAUUUAGCAUUGGAGGAAGGGUGAUUGAUCGAUUUCGCAGUUCCUUAUUACCUGAAAAUGCUGAGGCGUUAAUAACAACUCGUGAUUGGGAAAAUGGAAUUGGAAAAGAAGAUAUGGAUGAGGACAAUGUGAUCGUUGAAGAAGAUAUAUUAGGAUUUGAACCUGACGCAGUGGAGGAUGGGGCAGUGGAGGAUGUGGAGGAAGUAAGUUCUUAUGCGUCUAGUUAGUAUGCGUACUUCUUCAAUAUAAAGCGGGGUAAUUAUGCAAAUUCCAUGUUUUUGACUUGAAUCUUUUUUUUGUUUGGUUUAUUUUUUCUUGAAAUUACAGAUUCAUAUUGAAUAGUUGGAGCAACUCAAAGAUAAACAUGGAAUAUGAGAAUGUUUUAUCACUUACCAGUAUCUCCAAAUAUUGCAUAGAAAAGAGAUUGGAGAUGUUUUUUUGAUAGUUAACACUUUUUUUGAUUAACCACACAAUAUAUAUUUUGUGCAGGAAGUGGUUAUUAAUAUUGUGAUAUUGUCGCACUUGGUGAUACAAAUUAGAAACAAUGGUAUCUACAGUCUCGGUCUCGGAAGUUUAUUUUCAUUAUUUAUCAAUUAUCAUCAUGAACUGAUGAAGUACUGUGUAACUGUAACUAAAGUACUUAAGUACUAAAGUAAACUACUAAUGACUAGUAAAGUAAGUCUAGUAUGAAUGUAUGAUACUAUGAUAGUAUCUGUGUG